AGCUGGCUGCCAGCAUGUGGCCACUGCUUUCACUUGUCCGAGCGAGGAACGGCUCUGAGUACAGAUGAAAAUGAAAUCGCAUCAACCUAGCCCUUGAAGCUUGGCUGCAGCUAAAAUACUGGGGUGUCUGAUGUGGGGUUGGGGGAGGGCAGGCGACCUAAAUGGAGCUGAGCUUAAUCCUCGGUGCCCCGCCUGCAGCUGCUAUGCUGAAACUGAAUUUGGAAAACAAAAGGACUGCUUCAGGGACUUAAGCCCCCACCGCCUAUUCCUGCUGGCUAUUCCUAUUUCCUUCUGAAGGAAUGAAGGGAAGCUAAGAUCCAUCUUGGUUUUGCUUUUCUCGGAGGAAACUUGAGGAUUCUUGUUGCAUGAAGUGGGGAGAUCUGGGAUGCCCCUCCCUGCCCAGUUGUCCCUAAAUCCAGUUCCUGGCUUUCCAGCUGCCACGCUUCACUUGUGUGGGUGCUCAGCUGGUGACUGACCCCAGAUGCUGAGAGGCCUGUGUCCCUGGCGUUGGUCCUUGCUGAGCCGUCCUCGUAGCAGGCUGUGGAUUCUGAAGCAGUGCUUGUUCACCAUGAAGUUGGAGUCUCCAGAGUUCCAGUCCCUUUUCACUGAAGGACUGAAGAGUCUGACAGAAUUGUUUGCCAAAGAGAGACACGAGCUGAGGAUCGCAGGGGGUGCAGUGAGGGACCUGCUGAAUGGCGUCAAGCCGCAGGACGUGGAUUUUGCCACCACAGCCACGCCGUCCCAGAUGAAGGAGCUCUUCCAGGCAGCUGGUGUGCGCAUGAUCAACAACAAGGGCGAGAAGCAUGGGACCAUCACUGCCCGGCUCCACGAAGAAAACUUUGAGAUCACAACACUGAGGAUUGACGUGGCGACGGACGGGAGACACGCGGAGGUGGAGUUCACCACAGACUGGCAGAAGGAUGCCGAGCGCAGGGACCUCACCAUCAACUCAAUGUUCUUAGGUUUUGAUGGCACCUUGUUUGACUACUUUAAUGGUUAUGAAGAUUUAAAAAAUAAAAAGGUUCGAUUCGUGGGCCAGGCCAGACAGAGGAUAGAAGAAGACUACCUUCGGAUUUUAAGAUACUUCCGGUUUUACGGGAGAAUCGUUGACAAACCUGGUGACCAUGAUCCUGAGACUCUGGACGCAAUUGCAGAGAAUGCUAAGGGCUUGGCUGGCAUCUCAGGAGAGAGGAUUUGGGUGGAGCUGAAGAAAAUCCUUGUUGGCAACCACAUGAAUCACUUGAUGCACCUCAUCUAUGAUCUUAAUGUGGCUCCCUACAUAGGUUUACCUGCUAAUGCAAAUCUAGAAGAAUUUAACAAAGUCAGUAAAAAUGUUGAAGGCUUCUCCCCAAAGCCAAUGACUCUCCUGGCUGCAUUAUUCAAAGUGCAGGAGGAUGUGACCAAGUUGGAUUUGAGGCUGAAGAUCUCAAAGGAAGAGAAAAACCUUGGCUUGUUUAUUGUUAAAAACAAGACAGAUUUAAUUAAAGCGGCAGACGCUUCAGAACCAUUGAAACCCUAUCAAGACUUCAUCAUAGAUUCCAGGGAGCCUGACGCCACCAGCCGCGUGUGUGAACUCCUCAAGUACCAGGGCGAGCACAGCCUCCUAAAAGACAUGCAGCAGUGGUCCAUCCCUCCAUUUCCUGUAAGUGGCCAUGACAUCAGGAAAGUGGGCAUCUCUUCUGGCAAAGAGAUUGGGGCACUGCUGCAGCAGUUGCGGGAACAGUGGAAGAAAAGCGGCUACCAGAUGGAGAAAGAUGAACUCCUCAGUCACAUCAAGAAGAGCUGAACUCGAGAGCCGUCUUCUCGAGGCAGGGACGUUUAGGUAAGACUCCUUUGUGUUCACUGUCCCUAAUGAGAUUAAAGAAGCUCAAAGCCAGUGUGGAGGAUCUCCAUAGAAAAAGAAAAGUCUUAAUUAUACUUCAGACAGACUGCUACCUCCUCUCUGAUUCAUGUCAAGGAACCUUACCAUUUGUUUGGCCUAGUUUCUGCUGGAAUUGGUGGCAUCUUUCAUCUGUGUUGGCUUGAAAAGUACUGUGUUCAGUCUGCAGACCAGAUGUGCCCUUGCUGGUAGGCACACACUCGGGACUUGCUGCAGUGAGCUCUGUUUUAGUUGGUACUUGGCACUCGAGUUUCCUUAACCGUGUGUGCUGAGUCUGUCAUGUGAGCACACAUCUCUUUCAGAAAUGAGUUUAUGUGGGACGCCAGUAUAGAUCGGGUGUCAUAUGUUUGGUGACAGUAAUUCUGUCUCUUUGAAGUUAAAUGUCAGUCUGACUAGCAGGCCGCUGCUGCUCAGAACCUGGAUGCUUCCCAUAGGUAAAUAGUACGAAGUGUUGGUUCACUUCAGCUGCUGCAUUUCCAUACUUUAUACUUGGUUUUCCUUUCUGUAUAGAUAAUCAUAGCAUCUUUCUGCUCUGGAUUUGCACCUUGAUAAAACAGCUUUGAAAAGCAUAAUUCUGGUAAAGCCCAGCCAAGAGGGAGAGUGACAGGUAGUAUUCUGGGCAAGAAAGGGAGUCCUGGAACCACUGUGCCCACAUCAGUGGUUACAGGAUUGUGAGGUCCCCAGAACUCAGAUGGAGCUAUUCCAGAAUUGGACUGUCACAUGUUAAGACACUUUAUAUGUCUUCCAUACCAGAACACUUUUAGACCUCACUGUUUGACCAGAUGAAAAAAUCAGUGCAGGAUCUCCCCGCCAUCUGGAGGCAGUGGCCCUGGCGUGGUGGCUUAUUUUGGGAACACUAUUGGAUCCAAAAAAAAACAA